CUUAGUGCUGGACUUUUCUCCGAUGACAACCCAUCACCAUGGAUAUGUCAAUCUUCAUAGUGGCUGGCCUCCUGGUGCAUUGUGUGUUCCUGAUCUCUAUUUUUGAUAUUUACUUCACUUCUCCUUUGGUUCACGGUAUGCCUCCUCAUCAGACAAUGCUGCCACCGCCUGCCCGGCGCUUAGUACUUUUUGUUGCAGACGGCCUCCGUGCAGAUUCCCUCUAUGAGCUGGAUGAUAACAAUACAUCUGUGGCUCCUUACCUAAGGAAUAUCGUAACAUCCAAAGGCAGCUGGGGGGUUUCUCAUACUCGUGUCCCAACAGAGUCUAGACCAGGGCAUGUCGCUCUCAUAGCUGGAUUUUAUGAAGAUGUCAGCGCUGUUGCCAGAGGAUGGAAAGAAAACCCAGUGGAAUUUGAUUCACUCUUCAAUGAAAGUAAAUACGCUUGGAGUUGGGGCAGUCCCGAUAUUCUCCCUAUGUUUGCGAAAGGUGCCAGCGGGGAUCAUGUUUAUACGCACUGUUAUGAAGCGGAAAGUGAAGAUUUUGGAGCCAAAGAUGCCACUGUGCUGGACUCUUGGGUUUUCGACCAUGUUAAGGAUUUUUUCAGCUCUGCUAGAAACAAUGAAACUCUGUUUUCUAAGCUGCAUGAGCAGAAAAUUGUUUUCUUCUUGCACUUAUUAGGGAUAGACACAAAUGGGCACGCUCAUCGACCUCAUUCAAGCGAGUACAAGAGGAACAUCGGGAAAGUUGACGAAGGCAUAAAAGAAAUUGUGUCGCUGGUUGAGGAUUUUUACGGAAAUGACAGCAACACAGCUUUUAUCUUGACCUCAGACCACGGAAUGACAGAUUGGGGGUCUCAUGGGGCUGGUCAUCCCUCAGAGACUUUAACGCCGUUAGUUGCCUGGGGUGCAGGAAUCAAAUCUCCACAGCGAGUCUCUUCCCAGCAAUUCGAAGACGAAUUUUUGAAAGAGUGGAAACUGGAGACGUGGAGGCGGCAGGAUGUCAACCAGGCUGAUAUUGCACCUCUGAUGGCUUCUCUCAUCGGAGUUCCUUUCCCUCUGAAUUCUGUGGGAAUUCUGCCUUUGGGAUACCUGAACAACACAGCUCGUUUUAAGACAGAAAGCAUGUUUACGAAUGCUGCUCAGAUCCUCGAACAGUUUAAGGUGAAGAUGGCUCAGAGGAAGAAAACCACGUUACCAUUUCUGUUCUCGCCGUUCAAGUCUCUUUCUGAUUCAGAACAACUAGACUUUCUCAGAAAAGCAAGGACUUCUAUUCAGCAUGAAAAAUACGAGGAAGGGGUAUCUCUUUGCAGUCAGCUGAUCAGUCUGGCUUUAGAAGGACUGUCGUAUUACCAUACCUAUGACAGAUUCUUCCUAGGCACAAGCGUCGCCCUGAGUUUUGUAGGAUGGACAUCUUACGUUAUUCUGGUCAUUAUAAAGGCGGAGGCAGGUCUGAGCUGGAGGACCCCAAAUAAGGAGAUGAUCAGUCUUCUCUGGUAUGCCUUUUCCGCUGUUGGAGUACUGAUAGCUAUUUUCCUGCUCAUUCAGAGCCUGCCGUGGACUUAUUACAUAUAUUGUCUGUUACCGGUCCCCAUAUGGCAUGCCGUUUUAAAAGAAUACCACGUCAUUCAAGCACUGGCCACGUCUCUCCUGAACCUGCCAUGGACUCAUUCUGUUGGAUUUCUGCUAGCAUCUGCUAUGGGAAUUGAAAUAUUAGUCUUCUCCUUUUUCUACCGCUCCAUGCUUAGCUUUGGCCUGAUCUCCUUUUCGAUGUGGCCCUUGGUCAGUCGGCUGUGGACUCAAGCUAAGGCAACGAUGCUAAGCUGGAUUCUUUCCUGUUUGCUUCUGUCCGUCUUCCCCUUGAUGCCUGUCGUAGGAAGAGAUCAAAAUAUUCCUCUGGUAACAGCAGCGGGCUUCUUGGUCCUCCUAUCUUCAUCCUGCCUGGUGGCCUUACUUUGGAAAAGCAAGAAAAGACACGUGCCUGGUAAAGAUCUCUACCUGUAUCUCAUUCAGUUGCUGAGCCUGGCGCUUUCCUCGUACCUUGUGAAAAACACCCACAGCAGUCUGGAAAGCAAGCAAGGAUUGCCUUUAAUAAAUCAAGUUAUGAGCUGGACAACGCUAGCUUCAUCCUUGAUCGUACCACUGUUAAGCUCUACAGUGCUCUUCUUGAGGCUCCUGAGCAUUUUCCUUUCACUGAUGUCCACGUACCUUCUGCUUAGCACAGGAUAUGAAGCGCUUUUCCCACCAGCCUUGACAUUGUUAAUGUUUGUGUGGAUUACUAUGGAACAAGAAGCGCAGAAAAGUUAUGGAGUUUCACUGAAGCCAAAGCUUGCUGCUCUCAGCUUUUCGCACACGGCCGAUAUAACUGAAUUUCGACAACUGCACGUGGGUGACAUCAGGCGAUCUUUUUUCUACGUUUUUUUCAUAGUGACAGCCUUUUUCGGGACUGGAAACAUUGCUUCUAUCAACAGCUUUGAUCCAGCCUCUGUCUACUGUUUCUUGACCGUCUUCAGCCCUUUCAUGAUGGGAGGCUUGCUACUGUGGAAGAUCGCAAUCCCUUUUCUUCUCGUGUCAUGUGCUUUCGAAGCUGUUCAAGUCACUACACAGCUGUCAUCUAAAAGGCUUUUUCUCAUUGUUCUUGUGAUUUCAGACAUCAUGGCUUUGCACUUCUUUUUUCUGGUUAAAGAUUAUGGAAGCUGGCUGGAUAUCGGAACAAGCAUUAGCCACUACGUCCUGGUCAUGUCCUUUGCCAUCUUCUUGAUGCUUUUAAGUGGACUGUCCCAGCUGCUGACCACAAAGAGACUAGAGCUGUGGAAAAGAACCAAGCGCCAUUCAUUGUGACCAAAUGAAUGAUUGAUAUUUUUUUUUUGAAACCUUCAGUCAACCUGAGGAACAAAUAAAGUUAACUUGAAUACCUGGAAAACUUGAUGCUACAAAUGGCACCUUGAUAACUCUUCCUUCCCUGUUUUUGGGAUCUGAAUCUUAUCUUACAGACACACAGACACAUGCACACACUGGAGUGCGUCGUAAGGAUGCCCGUUGUGCUCAGUACACCACUUGUGAAUCAGGUGGUCGCUAGGACAUCUGAGAAAUCACCUUGGAAAAUAUGACAAGUUCAUGCCAAAAUCUAUUGCCUAUAGCAAGCAUUUUGCCCACUGUGUCUCUCAAUGUUCACUUCUGGAAUUAGUAACGGACCGAAGUGUGGGAAGAUCAACACUGCUCUGUUGGGCUUCAUUAUAGGUCUUUGCUUAUUCCCAAGGAAAGACCACAUUUGGAGACUUUCAUAUAUGAGAUAAGACUGGGGGCGGGGACUCUAAUUAUGUUGUUAUUUUUAAAGGAUGCAUGUUUUAGUGUACAUUUUAAAGAAACUGUUCUUUUUUAAUAAGAAAAUGCGAUGGGUUAAUUUUA